CAGCAGGAGGGAUUGUUGCCACGUCAGUGUCCUUCACAUGUGCCCUGGCAGAUGGCAUAUGAGAGAAGGCAUGCAUCUGCCACAUGAAAAGCUGUGCUUUUGAGACAAGUUUAACUUUUUGAAUUCAUUUAUUUCAUGGAACACUGGGACGAAAUUGGCUCUCUGCAUUUAUGUGAAAAUCCUGGAUUUUAAAUUCCGACCAAGCUCACAUUGCAUCUGCAAGCGAAACAGACUUAUUGUUGUCGUACGGUGAGUUUGUCAGCAAGGUGGAGGUGUGAAUCAGCAAGAGGAAGUCAUCUUCAGGGAGUUUGUUAUCACUGCAGCUUUAUUAUUUUUAUUUUACCUUUUCUUUCUAUCUUUUUUUAUUUGAAAAUGUAAAUGUAAAGAUUGACCAAUUUGGAAUGUUGACCAUUGUCAGACCAUCUGAGAGGUGCUGAUCUUGUUAAGAUGUUAAGAAUUGACAGUGUGGUAUUGUGUGAAACUGCACUUCCUUGACAUUUGUUUGAGGGAAGGGGUCAGUUCAUCUUUUUUUCAUCAAUUUUCAUCAAUUUCAUCAAAAAACAGACACUACUGCAUAGUAUAAACAACAAUAUGAGGACCUUCAGAACGUGUCUCCAGUUAUCUCUCAUUACAUUGUGGCUGUUGGCUUUUUGGCCAUUGCCGGAGUCUGAGGCGUGUCGUGGAGAUGGACUGCCGAGGAAGGAGGUGUUGGACUGGGUGAAGGGGCGCAUCCUGGACAGUAUGGGGCUCCAGGAGGCACCUAAGAUAGCUGAGGCCCCAAAACCAGCUGGGGCACCCAAACAGAGUGAGGAACCCAAGGCUGAGGCACACAAGCAUGGUCACGGACCUCAGUCUGAGGCACACAGACAUGGUGACACACCUAAUCUAGCAGACUCGUGCAGACAUGGCGAGGAUCCCAAGGCUGAGGCACACAAGCAUGGAGACGCACCUAAAGCUGAGGCACACAGGCAUCGUGAGGCACCUAAACUAGCUGAAUCACACAUACAUGGUGAGGCAUCCAAGGCGUCCAGACCUGCUGCUGAAGCACCUGAAGCGGCUGAAGCACCAGAUCAGGCUGAGGCACCCAAACAUGCUGCUGAAGCUCAUCAUCGCCACCCGGAGGAGAGACUGGACCAUGCAGCAGCCCACCGGCGAAGCUCUCGGCACGGUCGGGGAGACCUGGAGCAUCGAGACACCUCAGAGGUCAUCCUGUUCCCCAGCACGGACUCCACCUGUAUGGACUCAUCAGACUCUUCAUCCGAGUCCGUGCACAAGGGCGUGUUCACCUACUACUUCCAGCCCUCCAUGGACGCCCAGGAGGCGCGCGUGACCUCGGCCCACUUCUGGUUCCACGCGGGGGGCAACGUCAAUGCCCCGCUCUUCAUGCUGACCAGCUCUCAGGAGCUGCUCAAGGUGUCGGACACGCCGGACAAACGAGGCGCCGACGGCUGGACGACGUAUCAUAUAGAGAAGAACCUCCAGCAGGCCAUCACGGAAGGGCCCUUCAUACUGCAGGUGCGCUGUGCUGAGUGCGAGUGUCGGAGCUCUGAGACAGAGAGGACCCCCUUCGUUCACCUCCACACGCUCCCCAAAACUCCAGAUCGCUCGCGCCGCGCCCCUCUCCGCAUCCCCUGGUCCCCAGAUGCCCUGAACCUCCUGCAGCGCGUCUCCUCCCCGGACCAAAGUGGCCCCAGCAGCAGCAAUGGCGACUGCCACAUUGAGAAGUUGGACAUCACCUUUGCGGAGCUGGGCUGGGACAACUGGAUCGUCCACCCUAAAGAGUUCACCUUCAGCUACUGCCACGGCAGCUGUGAUAACUCCCAGCACAGCCAGGUGCUGGGUAUUAAGCAGUGUUGUGCCCCGGUGCCCGGCUCUAUGAAGUCCCUGCGCUUCACCACCACCUCAGACGGGGGAUUCUCCUUCAAAUACGAGACGCUGCCCAACAUCGUCCCAGAGGAAUGCACCUGCAUAUGAUCGACCAAACCAAGCUCAUUCUGUAUGUAGCUGUAUGUUACCAGCAUAUUUAAAUUGUUCAUAGCGACCUUUUUUUAUUCACCGACCAAAUUUAUGGCAGGAGUGCAACAUUAUCCGAUUACCAGCACCAGUAUCAUCGUCAAUCCUUUUUGAUUUUAGCCAUUAAUAUUUGUUUUUUGUCUGUGUUCCAAAUGUACAUUGAUGUUACUUAAUGUUGUAACUUUUCAUGUCAGGCUUUUAUUUUGUUAUUCAUGUCUGCCAUAAGCCACAAUUUAAGUUUUUUUUAUGUACCACUAUAGUUUACAAUCAUUAUCAGUUUACUAUUUAAAAUUGAUUGACAGGUUAUCUUACAAACACACACACAAACUGUUUAUGUAAAAAUUCUUGCCUUUUCAGCCGAUGACCUUUUCAAUAAAAAAAUAAACCAGCGUUUUAUUGUUUUUCUCCACCAGAGGGGGGCACACACCACUGGAAAUACUGAACGAGACUCGCUUCAUCAUGAGCUAUAAAAUAAUCCUCCAGAACCUCCCCCUACCUCAGGCCACACAACAGGACAAAACACAAUAUAUAAAUAUGCAAAAUUUAUUUCUCUCAUCUUUUGAAUCCUAAUAAACUUAGAAAAUCUUCUCCAAAAUAAACAACAAAAACAGCAACUUGCAUCAAGCAACAUCUUUGGCUACUUACAAUGACCUCGAAAUGCAUAAAGUCUCCCGCCCCAAACCCAGUUGGAACUGCAAGUGUUCCUGGCAUAAUACAAAAAGAAAAAUAUCAACACAACGCAUACUGUACACAAUCAGCCUUCCAGUUGCAGACAUCUCCUAAGCAUACAUCAGAAUCUCAACUCAUUCCACCAACAACAUGCACAGACACUCACACUGUUCAUGGGCUUGUUUAAAACCUGUCUGGUUAGCCAGAGGCUGGUA